UCAGUGUGAGCCACCUGCAGAAGGCGCUUCAGACUUCAGCGCUGUUGCGCACGGCUGCACCGCGUCCAGCGCUCAUCUCCAACACCAACUCUUUGUUUGUGACCCCCGUUUUUAGCGGAGAAUACACAAUCUGAUGAUGCGAUUCAACGACAACUUCAAGUUUAAAGCGGGUGUUUAUUUGAAUCCAAGACUGAUUUAGGUUUUUUUUUUUUUUUUGGAUAAUCCGCGGCGGAUCGUGAGUGCGCAGGGAGAGGAGCUCAAAGGACCAGAUUUAUUUGUUUGUUUAUUUUUUUAAUGUUGACCGGCUUCGUUAUUCUUUGGACGUAACUCGAAGCUCCUCCACUCUCCUGCUUCUCUGUCCAAAACCAGCGGGACAAUGUUGUGGGACACAUUUUGCUGGCUGCUGGUCCUGGUACCCUUAUCAUCAGCGGGCCUGCCGCCCUCCAUCGAGCCCAUCUCUGCUCCCCGGGUCUUCCUGUCCUUCAAAGAGUUAAAAUCCACUGGCACCGCUCACCACUUCUCCUUUUUGCUGAAUUCGACCGACUAUCGGAUCCUUCGCAUGGAUGAGGAUCACGACCGCAUGUAUGUGGGCAGCAAAGAUUAUAUCCUGUCUCUGGAUCUGCACGACAUCAACAAAGAGCCACUCAUCAUCCACUGGCCUGUGGCCCCUCAGAGGAAGACUGAAUGCAUCCUGUCAGGGAAAGACACCAAUGGAGAAUGCGGAAACUUCAUCCGUCUGAUUGAACCAUGGAACCGGACCCACUUGUACGUGUGUGGAACAGGCGCGUAUAACCCAAUCUGCACUUACGUGGACCGGGGACGCAGGUCACAGGGUUCCCAAUUCCUCCAGGCAUCCCAAGCUGGAGGCAGAACGAGUCGGGCGGCAGACUACAGCACCACAUCAGAGCCUUUGGAGGCAAAGGAAUACAUUUUCCGUCUUGAUCCUGGCAAAGUGGAUUCUGGGAAAGGCAAAUGUCCUUAUGACCCCAAAUUGAACAGCGUCUCUGCUUUGAUCAAUGGAGAGUUGUAUGCAGGGGUCUACAUAGACUUCAUGGGAACAGACUGUGCUAUCUUCCGUACGCUCGGGAAGCAGACAGCCAUGAGGACCGAUCAGUACAACUCUAGAUGGUUAAAUGAUCCAACAUUCAUCCAUGCACACCUCAUCCCAGACAGUGCUGAGAAGAAUGAUGACAAACUCUACUUCUUCUUCCGGGAGAAAGCCUCUGAGAUGGGCCAGAGUCCCUUGACCCAGUCCAGGAUUGGGCGGAUCUGCCUGAACGAUGACGGCGGACACUGCUGUCUGGUCAACAAAUGGAGCACGUUUCUAAAGGCUCGUCUGAUCUGCUCCGUGCCUGGAGCCGACGGCAUCGAGACACACUUUGAUGACUGAGUGAGGGAUGUCUAUAUCCAGCCCACACAAGACACCAAAAAUCCCAUCAUCUAUGGAGUAUUCUCAGUUUCAGGAUCUGUGUUUAAAGGUUCAGCAGUAUGCGUCUACUCCAUGGCCGACAUCCGUAUGGUCUUCAACGGGCCUUUCGCUCACAAAGAAGGUCCCAACUACCAGUGGGUGGCAUACACUGGGAAGAUCCCCUACCCCCGACCUGGAACUUGUCCUGGAGGCACUUUCACCCCCAACAUGAAAUCCACAAAGGAUUACCCAGAUGAGGUUAUAAACUUCAUGAGAAACCACCCCACCAUGCACAAUGCUGUAUACCCAGUGCACAAGCGCCCCCUAGUGGUCAGAACCAAUGUGGACUAUGAGUUCACCACAAUUGCCGUGGACCAGGUGACCGCUGCUGACGGGAGCUACGAGGUGCUCUUCCUGGGCACAGAGCGAGGGACUGUGCAAAAAGUGAUUGUCCUGCCUCGGGAUGACCUGCAGACUGAGGAGCUGGUCUUAGAAGAAGUGGAAGUUUUUAAAGUUCCUACCCCGAUAACCACCAUGAAGAUUUCAUCAAAACGACAACAGCUGUAUGUGGGUUCAGUGCUGGGCGUGACCCACCUGGCUCUUCAUCGCUGCGAUGUGUAUGGAGAAGCCUGUGCUGACUGCUGCCUGGCCAGAGACCCGUACUGCGCAUGGGACGGCAAAUCCUGCUCCAGAUACUCAGCCUCACAGAAGAGACGCAGUCGUCGACAGGAUGUAAAAUAUGGCAACCCAAUCCGCCAGUGCAGAGGUUAUAACUCUAAUGCCAAUAAGAAUACUCUGGAGACGGUUCAGUAUGGGGUGGAGGGGAGCACGACCUUCUUGGAGUGCCAGGCCCGGUCUCCUCACGUGUCUCUUAAGUGGCACCUGCAGAAAGAAAACAGCGACAGAAGGAAAGAGAUUCGCUCGGAAGGUCGCAUGCUGAAGACAGAACAAGGUCUUCUGAUCCGCUCGCUUCAAUCCUCAGACAGCGGCAUCUACCAGUGCACGUCCACAGAGAAGAACUUCAAGCACACACUCGUCAAACUGCAGCUUGUGGUGCUUUCCAGCCGCACGGUCAACAACGUGUUGGUGGAGACAGGCAGCCCGGCCUUCCCUCCGCCUCAGUCCAGCGCCUGGACUCCGAGUGCCGGCCAGUAUAAAGAUCUGCUGGCCAUCCUGAGCCAACCAGAAAUGGGCUUGAUCAACCAGUACUGCCAGGACUACUGGCAGCUCGGAGAUGGCGGCCUCAGAGACACGAUGCCCAGCAAAGCCAAAAGCUUAAAGGAGCUGAAGGAACAGAAGAAGCCCCGCAACCGUCGGCAUCACGAUGAUCAGACGACUCCCGCCGAGACAUGAGGAGCGGCACGGACGGACACGGCCCUAUCCCACACAUCCAACCACCUCCUAAACACUGCAACUUGCCAGUUAGGGAAGAGACCAGACACUAAAAACGAUAGAAAAUGUAAUUAUCAGAAUGGAUGAGAGAGAUGCUGAAACCAAAACAGCACAAGAAUCAAACUGUUUCUAUGUAACUGUCGGAAAAAAUACACAAUAUUUAUUGUAGGUUGUAAAAAAUAAUUCUUUGUACCUACGUAGAAAACUUUUUUUGUGAAUAGGUAAAUGUGUAAAUAUGGUUAUAUUAUUGUUAGUGUUAUUGUUUAUUACAAUGUGUUAUUAUGUUGAAAAUAUCUUUACGUAUGGUGUUUUUAAGAAACAGCAACACAGACGGGACAUUUCAAGCAUCCACACAAGAACAAGGACUGAUGACCAAGUUAUUGGCUUCCAUGUUGGAUCACUUGACUGCUGGCAGUAUUUAGUCUCUAAACUGGAAGUCCAGUCACCAGUUCAGUGACGUCCUCGAACUUCCCCAGAUUUUACAAGAACUGUCUUUAUUGUAUAUCAGACAGGUUUUUUCUGAUUUUCAGUUUGUUUGUUUUAUUCAAGAUGCAACAAAUUGACGGAAAGAUGAUGAAAAUGGCUUUUCACGAUAGGUGCAAGUGCCCGUAGACUGCAAAGGUGAAUGCAUGUUGUGGUCACACAGUCACAUGUGACUGACAGUCUUUCGAAAGAUGUCAUCACGAUGCCAUCCGGACAAAUCCCAGUUCAAGACUUCACAAGUCGCAUCCCCUGAACGAAUUCUUCCAAAA